CUGUGGAAGUUUCUUGAGCUGCAGCAUAAAGGCGGAAGGCCGAUCACUUCCUCAUUGUGACAAAAUGGGACCCAUUUCGUUUCUAUGUGCAAUUUUUCUGCUGUCUUCCUGUCAAAUGCAAGGCUCCAGUGCUGUGACUCCUGUGUUUGUGCAGAAAGGAAAGGAUGUUCUUCUGAACAUCACGACAGCUGAUGUUCCUCAGAACUUUUUUAUUCUUUCAUGGAGAUUCAAUCAAAAGGAUGUUUUAGUUACAUUUUUUCCUGAUAAAGAACCAACAGUCUCUAAUAAUUACACUGGAAGGAUUGAGACUGAUGUGAAAAAAUACUCACUGAAAUUAAAGAAUCUACAAGAGGCAGACAGUGGAGUUUAUACUGCACGAGUGACAGGGUCUGAAGAAGAACGAAUACUAGCUGAAUACAACGUCACAGUUCAAGGUCCAGUGUCUCCAGUUGAACUGUCAGUGGACUCUGCGUCCAGCAGCUCAGACUCCUGUAACCUCACUGUGACCUGCAGAACACAGGACUCUAACAUCAGCAGCACUUUCACAUGUGACAACCAAACCUGCAGUCCGGAGGGAGGAGAGCGAUCAGAGGUCACAACCUCUGCUGCUUCUCUACAUGUCUACCUGCUGAAUGACUCAAUCAUCUGUAACCAUAGCAACCAGGUCAGCUGGACCGAGGACAUUAGAAAGGCAGAACAUUUCUGCCCCCAACAUGCUGGCUCCAGUGCUGUGACUCCUGUGUUUGUGCAGAAAGGAAAGGAUGUUCUUCUGAACGUCAUGACAGCUGAUGUUCCUGAGAACUUUUUUAUUCUUUCAUGGAGAUUCAAUCAAAAGGAUGUUUUAGUUACAUUUUUUCCUGAUAAAGAACCAAAAGUCUCUAAUAAUUACACUGGAAGGAUUGAGACUGAUGUGAAAAAAUACUCACUGAAAUUAAACAAUCUACAAGAGGCAGACAAUGGAGUUUAUACUGCACGAGUGACAGGGUCUGAAGAAGAACGAAUACUAGCUGAAUACAACGUCACAGUUCAAGGUCCAGUGUCUCCAGUUGAACUGUCAGUGGACUCUGCGUCCAGCAGCUCAGACUCCUGUAACCUCACUGUGACCUGCAGAACACAGGACUCUAACAUCAGCAGCACUUUCACAUGUGACAACCAAACCUGCAGUCAGGAGGGAGGAGAGCGAUCAGAGGUCACAACCUCUGCUGCUUCUCUACAUGUCUACCUGCUGAAUGACUCAAUCAUCUGUAACCAUAGCAACCAGGUCAGCUGGACCGAGGACAUUAGAAAGGCUAAACAUUUCUGCCCCCAACAUGCUGGCUCCAGUGCUGUGACUCCUGUAUUUGUGCAGAAAGGAAAGGAUGUUCUUCUGAAUGUCGUGACAGCUGAUGUUCCUCAGAACUUUUUUAUUCUUUCAUGGAGAUUCAAUACAAAGGUUUUAGUUGCAUAUUUUCCUGAUAAAGAACCAACUGUCUACACUGGAAGGAUUGAGACUGAUGUGAAAAAAUACUCUGUGAAAGUGAAGAAUCUCCAAGAGGCAGACAGUGGAGUUUAUACUGCACGAGUGACAGGGUCUGAAGAAGAACGAAUACUAGCUGAAUACAACGUCACAGUUCAAGGUCCAGUGUCUCCAGUUGAACUGUCAGUGGACUCUGUGUCCAGCAGCUCAGACUCCUGUAACCUCACUGUGACCUGCAGAACACAGGACUCUCACAUCAGCAGCACUUUCACAUGUGACACCCAAACCUGCAGUCAGGAGGGAGGAGAGCGGUCAGAGGUCACAACCUCUGGUGCUUCUCUACAUGUCUACCUGCUGAAUGACUCAAUCAUCUGUAACCAUAGCAACCAGGUCAGCUGGACCAAGGACAUUAAAAAGGCAGAACAUUUCUGCCUCCAACAUGCUGAUCCAGAUAAACAAGACAAAAAUGUUAUUGUCCCAGUACUUGUUGCUUUCACCAUAGUUCUCAUAGCAGUUGUUGCAGCAGUUUGUUAUCAUCGAAAGAGACUAAAAUAAAAACAACUGUCUUAGCAUCCCAGGCCAGAUCCCAGCGGGAAGGUUGAAGCUACAACUUACCCUCUGAAUCAGAUCCCGACAGAUGAUGCUUCAGGUGUUUCUCCAACCUCCACCUACUACUUGGUAGGGCCUCACACUGGACCUGUGGGAUCACCUGAGAGAGGCAGGACUCUGCCAGAGAGCCUGUAUGCUCAGCUAGAAAAAGCCAGAAACAACUAAAACAAAUCAGGAAUUGUAUUCCUCAUAAUGUGGUGCCAGCAAUUUACAGUUUGUAUUUAAGUGUUGCCCAAACUGGCAACACAGCACGCAUCCACCGCCACCAUCACAGCUUGUACAGUUUGUAUCGCAGUUGACAUAGUGAGACCUGUGUGACCUUUGGUAUGAAAACUGUGUAGAUUUCACCACAGCAACCACAUCUCCCUGUCUCAUCAGUAAUGUGUUAAAACCUUACAUAAAUCGCUGUAGUUUGUUAGCUAAUGCUGAGAGAUAACGUGUGUAGCUAUGGGUCGUGUUUGUGCAUGUGUGUCUUUCAGACCUGUUUGUAUACUAACAUACAACAACAGAGUGGGGAUUAAAUAAAGUAUAUCUUCUUCUUCUAAUGAGCAUGUAAGGUUAGGAUGCCAGCUUGGGCCACACACCUCCACUACAGUAUGUUGGGUUAGAGCAACGGCUGAAAACGGGUGUAUACAUUCAGGCCUGCCCACAGAAAUGACUGGGCCCCUGACAAGGUCCAGUAAAUGGGCCCUCUGCAAAUUUGCUUUACUCAUGUCACCGCAUGCUGUGCUCUCUCUCUAUCUCCUACAUAAACACAUACAUGCACUUUUGAUGUUUUGACGUUGCGUACAACAAACAUUACUCAUACCAUGUUCAGGAGAGGGGGUUUCAUUAUGAAACAGACUAUAUUUUUCUAAAGCAACCUUUAAAAAAUGUAAUUUUUUGUUAUUUUAAUAAGUAAUGGUGUGUUUUUUGGUACAUAUUUAAAUUUGGUUAUCUUAGCAUGUAUUAGAAUGAACAUCAUUAGUGCUGGACUGCAUGGGCCCCCCUAGCAGAUGGGCCCCAGAAUGCUUUCCCCUUUUUCCCACCUUAUGGGGGGCCCUAUAUACAUUUAGUCGAUACUUAAUGGUAUCCAUGUAUCAGUGCAUUUUACAGUGCAGUAGUAGCCAGAACAUAUUUGGAGGGAUCAAUGUAUGUACUAAAAUGACAGAGGAAAAAUGUGUUUAUUUUGGGCGUGGGAUUAUAUUGUGUACAUGUGUUAUGAGCAUUGAAAAUUGUCUAGAAAGACAUAUGCAGAAAAUAUACAAUGAAUAGACUAUGUAAUUAAAUCAUUUUGGAGAUUUCAUCAGUGACUGA